AAGAACAAUUACUGUCUUUUCAUAAACAUCGAGAUAUUAUAAAUAAUAUGCAUUAUAAAAAUAGAGGCGGUGGAACAGGUUUCUCUGCCACUAGCUGGUAUAAUGCUAAAGGCUUUAAUAUAGACUUUACUGCUGGAUGGUGUGAUUAUCAUGAUUGA